CCUGACACAGCAAACAGUGGAGUGAGAGACACCCGGGAUCUGCCCAGAGACAGAGGGAGAGACAGAGGCUGAGACCCCACCGCAGAGAGCUCCAGCACCGGCACACACAGGCACACAGCCCGGGGGAAUCCUGCACCAUGUUCCAGCCUUUCAGCACCGAGUAUGACUCCGCUUCCCGCUGCAGUAACUCUCCGUCCGUCGGCGACCCGUUUUAUUUCUCACCCGCCGACUCCUUCUCCAGCCUCGGCAGCCCGGCCCGCGCCUCGGACCCCGGCUCGGAGCUGGCCCCCACUCUGACCGCCCUGAGCCGCCGGCCCGAGCUGCAGUGGAUGGUGCAGCCCACCCUGAGCCCCGGCUCCAGGCAGGACUACAGCCCCGGAGCCCCGUACCGAGCCCGGCUCACCAGCAAAUACUCCGGCCGCAGGGGCAAGACUGACCAGCUGAGUCCCGAGGAUGAGGAGAAGCGGAAGGUCCGGAGGGAGCGGAACAAACUGGCGGCAGCUAAAUGCAGGAACCGCCGGAGGGAGCUGACCGACAGCCUGCAGACGGAGACGGAGAAACUGGAAGGGGAGAAGUCUGUCCUGGAGACGGAGAUCGCGGAGCUGCUGAAGGAGAAGGAGAAGCUGGAGUUUAUUCUGGCCGCUCACCGGCCGGUCUGUCGCCUUCCAGACUCCGAGGCCCUGGGACUCCCGGCCAGCAGCAUGGGGGGAGCGGACUCCGAGCCUGCAGCGCCCCCGGCCCCAGCCCCGGCCCCGGGCCUGGACACUAACCUGGGAGCAGACUUACUGAACAGCAUGGACACAGGCCGCUCAGUCCCCGAUGUGGAUUUGAUCAACCUAGCCGACUGGGAGCCUCUGUAUUCCUCACUGCCUGCCGAGUGUGAGCCGCUGUGUACCCCUGUCCUGCCCGCCACCCCGAGCGGCUCCUACUCCUCUUCCUUCGCCUUCAGUUACCCCGAGCUGGCGGAGUGCGGCUCCUCUCUCAACCCUGUGAUCGGCAGUGACCAUUCCUCCGACUCUCUGAACUCUCCCACCCUGUUGGCUUUGUAGGAAGAUGCAGGACACGGACAUAUACACGCCAGCUCUCCAGAGCUGCAUGCACCAGCCUGGGAAAUGCAUGAGACUGGCUUUCACAUCCCACCCCCUGGACUGGAGCUCCACACACACUCACUCAGCCAGAGACACGGUGCUAGACUGGCCUCCAGACGGUGUUUAGUCGGAUCUACAUUACUGCGAUAUUGUGUUAUAUAAUAUAUCUAACUUAUUGUAGAAGUUUAUUUUUGAACGAUGUACCCUGCUCCUCAUUGUGCUCAGUGGUCUUGGAUAUUGACAUCAGUUUUCCAUGAAAACGGUUUAAUUUAUUUGUACAGAUAUUUAUUUUUUCUAUUUUCCAUGAGAUUCCAAGUGUUUGCCUUGUGCUAACAUUAAUAAAAUGAUUUACGUCAAA